AUGAACGCUGAAACUCGACCAGCCCGGUUGUCCGCGUUGUGGACAUCCAGCGUGCUCACCCGCGUGCUCCUGGCGCUUGCCGCCUUGUGGGCGCUCGUCCGGUGGACGCUGGCCCCCGUCGUCGUUGACCCUCCCAAACACGUUGAAAAUAAUAAGAAAACCGAAGAACCAGAGGCUAAAGUGACGGUUAGCACGUCCACUAAUGCCGUGAGCCACCCGCUUUUCCCUCAGAGGGGUAAAUUGGACCACCAUGUUGUCACUACUACCACCGAAGAAAUUGAUGAUGACGACACCCAAUCGAUCGCCCUGGACCUGGAAGUGAUGAACCCCACCUUGUGUUCCACUGGGUUAACCACUCAGAUCAUGCCGUUCAAGAACGAGAACGGAGAACUCGAAUGGACGUUCGCCGAUAAGGACCUGGCCAGCGACGAGUUGGACGCGUUUAGACUUUCUCCCUCGACGCUGAACGAACUGUCUAAGUCGUUACUGACCCCGCUGCUGCUGGAUAACUUACAAGGAGACGCCAAUAACCUCCACGCCUGCCCUUAUUGUCUGGCUACUUUCAAAAUUAGAGGCUACUUAACUCGCCACUUAAAGAAGCACGCCACGAAAAAGGCAUACCUGUGUCCCUUCCACCAGUACACCACGUACGUUGACGACAACAAUAUCACCCACAAGUGCCACCCUAACGGUGGGUUCUCUCGUCGUGACACUUACAAGACCCACUUAAAGCUGCGCCAUUUCAAGUACCCCAAGGGCACCAGAACUAAGGAAAGAGGCUCUCUGUCAGGACUGUGUGGCUUGUGUGGCGAGUACUUCAACAACCCCGAGAUCUGGUGUGAAAUCCACAUCGAAGGCGGCCAGUGUAAGUUCUUGCCCCCUGGUUUCAAAGGGAAGUCGCGUAUCCUUAAGAAAUUGGAAAAGCAAGGCAAACAAGGCAUUCUCGCCGACUUGGUUCCCAACUACGACGUGCUGUCGUUGACGGCGCUGCAAAACAGCAACCCUUCCGACGGCACUGCCGGUAUGACUCCCAGCUUGACCCCGAACUCCAACACCAAUCUGACGCCUCAAGGGUCGUCCCCUGGUCGUAUUUCGCCUGCGGCUAACGGGCAACAGAUGCUGGUGGCCACCACUGGCUCCUCGCAAGGAGUGGGUACUCCCAAUGGCGUGUCGGCCUCUUACGACUACAACCACUCGCUGCCGGCAGCGCUGAUCUCGCUGCUGAUCCCGCCGCUGAAGCUGCCGCCGGUGCCGAUGAACGGGGCCUUGCCCCAGUCGCAGUUGCCGCCGCCGCCCCACUAUCCUCAGUUCACCGCGGAAGACCAGAUGAUGAUGGGCCUCCCCAUGGACCUCACGGCGCCGAUGGCGAAGCUGUACCCUACGGAAAUGCACGUGCCUGCUCAGGACGACUACGACGACGAGUUUUGCUUGGACACCGACCAGUUGUACAUGUACGACGUGUACCAACGGAUGAUGGAGGUGCCCCCGCAAUUCUCCUUCACCGCUUAA